CACGGACAACGAGGUUGCUUGUUUGAACCGGGAUCGUGUUAUUUUCUUUUUCGCUUCCAUUUCCUCUGCGACCGUGAAUUCCGGGCAUCAGAAUGGACGUCCUAUCGAGACCGGCAGAAGAAUUCACCAACGACGGCACGGUCGAGGAGCUGUGGGCAGUCCAGGCAGUCGAUCACGCCGAGGUACACUUUAAUCUUCUGUGCAGCGUGGACCCCCGGUAUUUACGAUUGACGCGCUACGACGACGAGCUGUACGACCAGUUUCGACGCAUUUUUCCCGACAUGAACGUGCGCGUAAUAGAUGAGAAUGACCUCAAAAGUUCCGAGGGAAAGACGAAAUGGAGAGCCUACAUGGCGAAAUUCAGCGGUCUGGACGAUUACAGCGUGGGGACGUUACUGCGCGCCAACGCCGAGGAAGAAUUUCGACCGGAAAACGCCAUCCUAGUGGUGAGGGCGCAGUUUUGGGCCAUCGAGAUCGCGCGAAACCGUGAGGGCGCCAACGACUGCAUCCGGGACAAGUUCCGUGGAUACCUGGUAAAUAAGGAGGACGAAUAAAGCGUAUUUUCAUUUUGUAAA